AGGAGGUAAACAUCGAUCCGUGCUUUCCUGACAACAUUCAAUGAAUCGUGGAUCUGUCUUUUAUUCUUUGUUGAAAAUAUAUUGUCUCUUGCUAUGAACAAGCAUCAAAAUAUGAUUUUACCACAGCAGAGCUGAUUGAGGAUUUAUUAUUCUUCUGUUAGAAUUAUGGAUCAGCACACCAUUUUGGGUAGAAUUGGAGAAGGGGCCCAUGGCAUCGUUCUGAAAGCUAAGCAUAUCGAGAGUGGGGAAGUAGUUGCCUUGAAAAAAGUUCCUCUGCGUAAGCUGGAAGACGGAAUUCCCCACACUGCACUGAGAGAAAUAAAGGCCCUUCAAGAGAUUGAGGAUAAUCCUUAUGUUGUAAAGUUACGAGAAGUGUUUCCACAUGGAACAAGUCUGGUACUUGCUUUUGAGUAUAUGCUGUCUGAUCUGUCCGAGGUCAUCCGGAACACAGAGAAACCACUGACCGAGGGUCAAGUGAAAUCGUACAUGCUGAUGCUGCUGAAAGGGGUGGCCUUCUGUCACGAGAAUAACAUCAUGCACAGGGACUUGAAACCUGCUAACCUGCUGAUCAGUUCUACAGGACACUUGAAGAUUGCGGACUUUGGACUGGCUCGAGUGUUUCAGAAUAAAGGUGACAGGCAGUACAGUCAUCAAGUAGCCACCAGAUGGUACCGAGCGCCAGAGCUGCUAUAUGGUGCCAGGAAGUAUGAUGAAGGGGUCGAUCUUUGGGCUGUUGGUUGUAUAUUUGGGGAGCUCUUGAACAAUUCACCAUUGUUUCCGGGAGAAAAUGACAUUGAACAGCUGUGUCAGGUGUUGCGUGUUCUCGGGACCCCUAAUGAGAAGAUCUGGCCUGGUAUUUCUGAGUUGCCUGACUACAAUAAAAUCACCUUCCCAGAAAACAAUCCCAUCCCUUUAGAGGAGAUUGUCCCAGACGCAUCAAUGGAGGCUCUAGAUCUCCUCAAACGGUUCCUCGUCUACCCCACCAAGCAAAGAAUUUCUGCCAAAGAUGCAUUACUUCAUCCAUAUUUUUUCACUGAACCGCUUCCUGCUCAUCAUUCAGAGCUCCCUAUCCCUCAGCGCAGCAGACGUGGGUUACCACGGCGACAACAAACACAUGACUAUAACAUUGAUGUCCCUUUAGAAAAGAGUUUGAUAGACCCAGAGUUACUGGCACCUCAUGUUGUCAAAAUAAGAUGAUGUGUGGUGAUUGGAUAUGCUCUCUCUUUGUGAAUUCCAUGCGGAAAAUCAAACUGUCUCAAUAUUAAUUAGUCAUGUGACAGGUUAACCAAAACUUAAAAAAAAAUUACUACACCAUACAGUGUAUUACAAUUUGUGAUGUAGUACAAUUUCCUUACAAGUUAUACUUGAAUGAGUAAAGCACACACAUCUUGCAUUGUAAUUACAAUUUUUGUACACACAUGUAACCAGUUAUGUUGUGAAAUGAUGCAUAUCACAUAUUUGGCAAUUUUUUUCAAAAAUUCAUUUGAAGUUGUUUUCACUUUUUAUGUCGCUCCAUGUAAUGUGUGGGUGUGGGCGGCAUUCAUUGCCUUGUCAAUCACAAAUGUAGAUAUUUGUAAUAAAGUCUGAAUUAAACAUAAAACAAA